AUGUGGAAGCAAAUCUUCACCGUCGCGGCGUUGGCUGCAUCUGCCCAGUCCUCAUCCCUGGCGAAAUUCGCCCUAGACAAAGUCCUCAACGACGCAUCGCCCAUCUUCGGCGAAUACGUCAAAACUACAAACCGCACCGCGGAAUGGAUGAAGUCCUAUGCAGACGACACUCUGCUCGUCCACAUGAACAUUCCCGGUACCCACGACAGCGCAACCUGGAACUACACCCAAGCCACCCAGGACUCGCUGUUGGGAAUCACAGACCUGAAUCAGGUCACUGUCCCGACACCGCUGACGUUCCGAUGCCAGGAACUAUCGUUGAUCGACAUGCUCAACAUGGGUAUUCGGGCAUUCGAUCUGCGAUAUGCGUUUGAUCCUACAAACACCACGCUGAUCUUCUAUCAUUCGCAAGCCCUGCUUUCGGAGACUGCUACGCUUGACGAUGUGCUUUUCGGGUUGUAUAAGUGGCUCGAUGACCAUCCUUCCGAGACCCUUUUCCUKUCGAUGCAGUACGAAGGCUCAACCGCUCUUCACGCAUCCAACGAUGCCGCGGUGCAACUCGCGCUGUACUCGGCUCUGACCACACCCGCGGCCCGUACAUACUUUGUGCAGACCAAAGACGAGCUCGGAACGCUCGGUCAAGCACGCGGUAAAAUCACACUCUUGCGCAGAUUUGACCUGGACCAACUGCCCGCUUCAUACACCGACAAUCUGCCCGGAUUGCACUUCAGCCCUAGUCUCUGGACAGACAACAGCCCAGACAUCACGCUUGUCUACAAUACCGCUAAGAAUCUUACUGCUUAUAUUGAGGAUUACUACGAGCCUCUGACACCCUACGGCUCAAGUGCAGCUGAGAACAUUCAAUGGAAGUACAACGCCACCAUCGCAAAUAUUGAAAGAGCUGUUUCGACUGCCCAUCCGGACAGUUUGUUCUGGACUUGGGCGUCGAGUGAGAAUACGGACACUUUCCCGUAUGUCUGGCCUGUGAUUCAAGCGCUGGGCAAUGGGACGGAGUAUACACCAAAGGGGGGAGUUAAUGAUUUGUUGGUGCCGUUUUUGAAGGAGCAGAAGGGGAAGAGGGUGGGUAUUGUGAUGUUUGACUUUUUCGAUCAGCCGGGCGAUUUGAUUGAGACGUUCCUCAGUCUAUAA